GUUAGCUGUCAAUGUUUAAAAUAACACAGCAAAAUGACAAAAAGAGAAAUCCAUCAAGUGAUUGACAAUCAUUUUGCUGAGUGAUUUUCUCUCACACUCAAAAAGAGACACUUGCAAGGAUGAACAGCUAUAAAUCUCAAGAGUAUUGCAGUAAUGACGAAUUCGAUUAUCAGGCAGAGUUCAAUCAGUUCUUGGAAGAAGCCAGAAAGAACACAGGCAAAGGGACAUCGAACACAAGACAGGUCGAAAAAGAUCAGUUCAAUGGGAAGCAAAAGAAAUCAAAAUCAUGGAGAUGCUUAUUGUUUACCUGGCUGAAGCUUGACACAAAAAUUAAAUCCCGUGAACAGAAAAUGGACUGCACUUCCAUGGCUAAGCCGAGGCGUAAAAAUGUCUCGGGUCCAGUCCAGGGAAGCAGCUGCAGCAUUGCUUGUGGAAUAGCCCUGAGAGCAGUUUCGGGUCCUCUUACCUGCAUUUUAAGUUCAACAAGGGGAGCAGACGAAUAUGAGGUACCGUAUACAAGUCUUGAGCAGAUUAACAACACCAGAAAGCAGAUUCAUCCCUACGGACCUAUUUACUCCGUGACAUAGCUAGAAAUCACAUUUCAUUUUCAAUCAUGGACAAUGCUUUCGAUAUAAGAUAGUGUAAAUUCUUGCAAUGAUCUCUGGAAUUAACAUCUCAAUAGCAUAUUUCACAAAAUGCAAAUUUAAAAAACAAAAGAGCUGCACAGACUCACAAUUGAAAGAAUUAUGUCGAAAAUAGUUCCAUUUUCUGAGC